AUUUACAAAAACAACAUCGAGCGGGUUGGACGCGCUGAAAAACGUUAGCGGACAAAAUCACCGUUUCACCGUUUAAUUAUUUUACAAUUACGAUUAUUUGUUUACAAACAAACAACAAGCGGAGCAUACAACAAGUAAAAUAAAAAAUGCUACACGCGAGUGCAACUACAGGUGUAAUGCAAUAAAUUGCAACGGUUUCUUCGCUACAACGUUUCGUCGUCCGUUCCACGUCCGUGUGUAUGUAUGUGUAUAUGCCUUGAAGAAAUAUGCAUGUGUGAGUGUCUCGAGGCUCUCUUCACAACAACAUAAUCGGGGAAUAGUAAACAAAUUAUCUAGCAAUUCAUUUUGAUACAAAAAUCAAACAAACAAAACGUGCAAUAUAAAUAACAACAAGAAAAGAAAACGCGAAUAGUGUGCGCGUGUAAAAAAACCAGCGAGAAAAAAGUAAUUUGGAAAGCCGUAGAAGGCAACCCAGAAGCAGAAGCAAAAAAGCAGCGACGACGACGACGCAGCAGCAGCGUCAGCGACGCUAGCAGCGGCAGCGCGUUCUGUGCAAGUGUAUUUGUGUUAAAAGGCACACGACGCGUGUACAUAAGCAAUUGUAUAUAUACACACACACCAACAUACACACACAUGUACAAGAAGUGGAUGUGCAAGUAAAUUAAUUAAAAUAUAACAACAACAACAAAUCAGUUGAAAAAAGUGAAAUUUCUUAUACAAUUUUUGUGCACUUCUCAGUGUAUGUGUGUGUGUGAGUGCGUACGUGUGGUUGUGUUAGUGCGAGUGUGAGUUUUGGAAAAUUAGCAUAAAUUCCAAGAGGCUGGACGCCAACGCCAACACAGCAGCACCAUAGCAGCAGCCACAACAACGACAACAACAUCGACAAGCAGAUUAACGGAUUUUCUACUACUUUUUGCUUUCGGCGCGUUAAAUCAAGAUAAGUAAUCACGACGACGCGACGCGCGAAAAUGGCCAAAAUGGAGGUCGACGAUGUGGUCGACUUGAGUCUGAGUUCUGGGCGAGAUCCGGCGUUGACCAUAACGCCAACGACGGCGCUCAGCAAUCGCGAUCUGCGUGCGCUCACUGCAAAUAAUACGGGUCUGACCAUAACGCCUGCUCCGCCUCCUUCUUCCUCUUCGCCUUCUCAGACGGCAGCCAGCAGCACAGCUUCCACCACGACAGCGGGCAACGGCAGCAGCAACAACAACAGCAACACUAAUAGUAGUAGCAACAGCAACAACAACAACAACACAGCCAACAGCAACACAAACAGCACAAAUAGCAGCAGCAACAACAGCAACACAGAAGGAACGUUAGCGGGCGCUGCGGCAGCAGGCAACGGCGGCAGCGGCGGCAACAGCAGCAGCGGCGGCGGCGGCGGCAGCGCCCAGGAUGAGAAUAAAGUACAACGUCGUGUGCUGCGUCCACGCACCGAACCCAAAUCGUAUGCCGAGGCACCCGAUAUUGUGCUGCUGCCGGCGCGAACAAAUGGACGACAGCAGAAUGGCAACAUUGAUUCGGAGACGGACGACGAGGAGAUGCCGCCCUACGUGCCCAUCAAGGAGCUGACGCAUGCCGAGCUCAAGGAGCGUGAGAAGAGUUUGCGUAAACUGCGACAAGAUUUGCGCAACGAGGAGACCAAAUUGAUGCUGCUGAAGAAACUGAAGCAAUCGCAGCAGGUGAUGAAAGAGAAUCUGGUGGUCACGCCCACCAGCGUAUCGCCCAAUAAUCCAUUGGCCGCUAUACCCAGCGCACUCACUGCCAAGGGGUCGCUUAGUGUGACGCCGACGUCGGCAAUGCCGCUGCCCGCGCACAGCAAAGGACGCAGCAGCUUGGGUGGCAGCGCAGCAGCCGUUAGCAUUAGCGCCACAAACAGUCGCAGCAUCAGCUCAGCGGCCGUUGCAGCCGCUGCGGCAGCUUUGUCCGCUGGAUCGCAACGCAACAGCGGCGGCGGCAACAACAACAGCCACAACCACAGCAUGAACAACAGCAACUCGAUACUCCCGCCACCUAGAUCAUCGCUCACAGCGGGCACCACGCUGGCAUCCGGCACCACAAUAACGCCUGCCACAAACAGCUCGCAUCGAUCGAGCGUGCUGCCUCCGCGCACCAAUCUGCCGAAUCUCACGAUAACGCCAUCGGUGACCAUAACGCCGACAUCGGCGCCGCCUUCCAGCAGCCUGAAAGCACGCAAUCCUAAUAUUUCGGAUAAUUCGAAGGUACCUGGGACCAUUAGCAAUUCUGUUUCCAUAACGCCGGCCCCCCCGCUAUCGCAAUCGCAUCAGAAUCAACUCAACGAUCUAAAGAAUGAUCGCUCGACGCCACGGGAAGAGGCGCAGACGCCGGCACAGCGUCAAGCAGCUGCGAAAAUGGCUCUGCGCAAGCAGCUGGAAAAGACUUUGCUACAGAUACCGCCACCAAAGCCGCCACCACCAGAGAUGCACUUUAUACCGAAUCCCAGCAACACAGACUUUGUCUAUCUGCUUGGCCUGGAGACCGUUGUCGACUAUCUGACGGUGAACAAGAAGGCCAAUGCUGUGGCAGCACCAUUCCGUUGUGCCCAGUGCAAGAUUGACUUUACGCCCGUAUGGAAGUGGGAGAAGCAAACCAACAAGGAGGCCAAGGUUAUUUGCGAACAGUGCGUCACCUCGAAUGUGAAGAAGGCUCUGAAGGCCGAGCACACCAAUCGACUGAAGCAGGCGUUCGUCAAGGCCCUGCAGCAGGAGCAGGAGAUCGAACAACGUCUCGCCAGCCAGAGCAGUCCAUCGCCCGUGGAAGCGCAUGCCGUUCUCAACAGCAGCAGCAGCAAUGCCAGCAGUGUGGCUGCUUUGAAUGCCUCCAAUGUCUCUGCAUCGCAUCAGCAUCAGCAGGCGUUGCAGCGUGAACGCGAACGUGAGCAACGCGAACAGUUGCAGGCAUCGCAUGCAUCGGCGGCGGCUGCGUUGGUUAAUUUGCCGCCAUCGGUGACGGUGAUACCAACGAAAUGCCAGACACCAACGCCAGCAACACCGCGUCCAACGCCGCCGCCACCGUCGCAAACACCAGCACAAAGUCAACCCACACCGCCGCCAUCGUCUGCGUCGUCAUCGUCCUCAUCCGCUGCCGCUGCGGCCGCCGCCGUUGCCAACUCACAGCGCUCGUCGCGAGCAGCGGCCACAGCUGCAGCGGCAGCCAUUGCUGCUCAGCAGGCGGGCAUCCUCAGUCCCGGGCCGGUGCCAACGGCAGCGCAUCAUCACGAGCCAACCACAUCGUCGGCAGCGCGUUCUUCGCGUGCCGAACGCGAUCAUCAUCAUCACCAGCAACAGCAGCAGCAGCAACAACAGCAGCAGCAACAGCGCGAACAGCAACGCGAGCAGCAGCAGCAACAGGCGCAAAGCUAUGACAAGUACUCGGCUGCCACAUUGGCGGCGGCAGCGCAUCUGAGCGCUUUGGGCGGCAUGGGCGGAUUGAAUAUCAAUAAUCUGGCCAGUUUGGGCAAUCUCAGUCAGCUGGGCAAUCUGGCGGCACUCGGUGGUCUCGGCAACUUUGGAGGCGCCUCGACGGCAGCCAGCAACUCGGCCGCAGCCGCUGCAGCGGCCAUGGGAAAUGCCUCGCCAGCAGCCACAGCGGCAGCUAUGCAAGCCUUCCAGCAGCAGCUCUUCCGAGCACUUGGCCAGGGUUUGGGUGGCAAUCCGCAGCACAUGAUGCAGUUUGCGCCGCUGCUUUACUCCUAUCAAAUGGCCAUGGCGCAGGCGGCCCAAGUAGCAGCUUUCAACAACAAUAACAAGAAGAGCAGCUCCGCAUCGAGUUCGUCGAAGAGCAGCAACAAUGCCACCAGCUUGGCGGACAUUCAAAGGGCCGCCGAAUUGCAGCGUCAAUAUCUGCUCGAGAUGAUUCCGCCGCAGCAGCCAAGUGGACCCAGUGGAAGUCGCCAGAACAACUGGAAGGCCUAAAAAAAGAAAUAUGCAUUGAUUGAUUGGAUGGAACAACAAACAAACAAACAAAUAAGCAGCAGCAACCACAACAACAACAAUAACAACUAACUAACUUUAUGAUUUUCUUGAUUAGGUAAUUUUAUAAUUUACGCAAGCGAAAAACAUAAUUGUACACGUAAAGCAAACAAAAAAAAAAGAUUAAUCUAUUUGUAAACAAUAAUUAUUACAUAAUUAAUUAUACAUAAUUAUACACGAAAACAAAACUUAAAAAAAAAAAACAAGAAAAAACAA